GAACGUAUCCAAGCAUCGUUGGUUUCGCAUCGAUAAAGGAGCUGUUGUUUGUUAACCGCAAAUUUAUUCAUCAUGUCUGGCCGUGGAAAAGGCGGAAAGGCUAAGGGAAAGUCAAAGUCGCGAUCUACUCGUGCUGGACUGCAGUUCCCCGUUGGACGUAUUCACCGACUUCUGCGUAAAGGAAAUUACGCUGAACGCGUUGGCGCUGGUGCUCCGGUCUAUCUUGCCGCCAUGAUGGAAUAUCUCGCCGCUGAAGUACUGGAGUUGGCAGGAAAUGCUGCACGUGAUAACAAGAAGACCAGGAUCAUCCCCAGGCAUUUACAGCUAGCCAUACGUAAUGACGAGGAAUUGAAUAAAUUGCUCUCUGGCGUUACUAUCGCUCAGGGUGGGGUACUGCCAAACAUUCAGGCGGUCUUGCUGCCGAAGAAAACUGAGAAGAAAGCUUAAUUACAAAUCGGCAACAAUUAUAAACGGCCCUUUUCAGGGCCAACAAUUUUUUCAUAUACGAAGGACAUCUAGUUUGCAAUUCUCUCCUCACACAUCCAUAAACGAAUAACAUGUUUUAUGAUAUUACAAAUAUUUGUUUAUAAUUGCUUUUCAUAAUGGCACUUAAAAAAAUUUUUGUCAUAUUUUAAGAAAGAAUAGAAAAUAGAAUUUGAUUAUUUUAAACUCUCUCUCUCUUUUCGGUUUGAAAAAACCUUCAGGCAUUUGAUAUAUCUCGGGUACCUCGAAUUCGCAAAGCUAUUAUGAACUCUUGAAGGAAAAUAUGUUAUAUAUAAAUAUGUGGAGUUCUAUUUACGCGUAUGAAUUAUAGAAACAAUUAUAUAAGAAAACUCGAAAAUUUAAAUUGAAUAUGUUUGAGUAUUUAAAUUUAUUUUAAUACAUUAUUCUUCAAUAUCUAUAUUCAAUCGAUUAAAAACAUUUUAUAUUUAUGAAAAUAUCGCGUUAUUUUGGAAUUGUACAGCAUGGAGAGUGUGGUUCUCCGUUGAUUGUAUAAUUUGCCAUGUCAUAUCAAGCAGGACCACUCAUAAAAUCGACUGAAGGUAAAGCACUUCGAAGCACUUUAGUCGACUACCAAAGCUUCUCGCAAGAGUGCAUGCGUUUGAGACAUCGUGUAUUAACGGAUGUAAAUAAAUGCCAUUGAAAUAAUCAUUUUUAGAACCAAUCAUUCGAAAGAACAUUCUUAUUAAUACUACAUAUAAAUAAAGCUCUCUCUAAAAAUGUAUAGAUUUUGAUUAGUAUACAUUUAUUAUUAACUAUAUAUAGCUGUAUUAUUUCAAAACGUAUACACACACAUAUAAAUUUAGGAUCAAUCAUUAUUUGUACAUAUAAAAUAAAUAAUAUAUUGUUUCUCC